AGUCAUAAAAAUCCUCAACUCUUACAUUACAACACUUCGAAAUCAUAUUUUACAGUCUUACUUCCUCUCCCUCCCUCCCUCUCCCUCUCUCAAGAUGGCUACCUUCAAGCUGCCUUGCAUGCUGGUGAUUUUCUUGGUGUUUGGUGCAGGUUUAGGCCAAAAUGUGGAUCCAUUUGGGCCAGGAGUGGGAAGGAGAAGGGAGAUGGUGCCUGCUAUGUUUAUAUUUGGAGACUCGCUCAUUGACAAUGGCAAUAACAAUAACCUUCCUUCUUUUGCCAAGGCCAACUAUUUCCCUUAUGGUAUUGACUUCAACGGUGGUCCUACUGGCCGUUUCUCCAAUGGUUACACCAUGGUUGACGAAAUUGCUGAACAACUAGGACUUCCUCUGAUUCCUGCAUACUCUGAGGCAUCAGGAGAUCAAGUGCUUAAUGGAGUCAACUAUGCCUCUGCAGCGGCAGGAAUCCUUGAUAUCACAGGCAGAAAUUUUGUAGGUCGCAUACCAUUUGACCAACAGAUAAGGAACUUCCAAAAUACACUUGAUCAGAUUACAAAUAAUCUUGGAGCAGACGAUGUGGCCAGGCAAGUUGGACGGAGCAUCUUUUUUGUGGGGAUGGGCAGUAAUGACUACCUUAAUAACUAUCUCAUGCCUAACUAUCCAACUCGGAAUCAAUAUAAUGGCAGACAAUAUGCAGAUCUCUUGACUCAAGAAUAUAGUAGGCAACUCACUUCACUUUACAAUCUUGGAGCACGGAAAUUUGUUAUUGCGGGAUUAGGAGUCAUGGGGUGUAUCCCAAGUAUCUUGGCCCAGAGCCCUGCAGGAAUCUGCUCAGAUUCAGUUAACCAGCUAGUUCAACCUUUCAAUGAAAAUGUGAAGGCUAUGCUCAGUAACUUCAAUGCCAAUCAGUUGCCAGGUGCAAAAUCCAUUUUUAUUGAUGUCGCUCGUAUGUUUCGAGAGAUCCUCACUAACUCCCCAGCCUAUGGAUUUAGCGUUAUAAACCGUGGAUGCUGUGGCAUCGGGCGAAAUAGAGGUCAAAUUACAUGUCUUCCGUUCCAAACACCCUGUCCUAACAGAGAACAGUAUGUGUUUUGGGAUGCAUUCCACCCAACAGAAGCUGUGAAUGUUUUGAUGGGGAGAAAGGCCUUCAAUGGGGAUUUGAGCAUGGUCUAUCCUAUGAACAUAGAACAACUUGCCAAUCUUGAUAUUGAGUCCAAUUAACAGAAUCCUUGUUCAAUUUUCCAUGCCAUCUUCAUAAUUUUUAUUACGUUACUGAUCUAUGAGAGAUUAGUGGUUUAUUUUACAUUCAGAAAUCAAAGAACCGUUCUGCAUGAGUAUGUUCUAAUUGCUACCAUAAUGAUAAUGCCUGGCAAAAAAACCUCUAUUUUGGAUACUUUGCCUUUUUGGUUU